GUUUUUCCACUCAGCAGGAUGGGUGAUGCUCAGCGCUCCCUCAUUAGACAACAGACACGAGAGGUCAGGAAGAAAGCGCUUAUAAAUUACCGUUUCCUCCUUCGCAGCCCGGUUAGUCCGCCUUGCCGCUCUCCCCGGGACGCAUAGGACAGACCCACGGACGGCUAAGACGCUGGACAGCUACCUGGACAGAGAGGAGCCGCUGCUACAGGAAGAGAAAAUCCAUUCUGGAGAGACUCUUCUUCAUUGCCUCACCCUAUGGAGGAACCAGCACUGCCCAUCCACAUUGAGGAGGGGACAGACGUUCCAACUGAAAACAAAAACAUGGCAACAAAGGAGAAGCUGCAGUGUCUGAAAGAUUUCCACAAGGACAUCCUCAAACCUUCCCCUGGCAAGAGCCCUGGGACACGGCCUGAGGAUGAGGCAGAGGGGAAGCCACCACAACGUGAAAAGUGGGCCAGCAAGAUUGACUUUCUGUUGUCCGUGGCUGGAGGAUUUAUCGGAUUAGGCAACGUCUGGCGAUUUCCGUAUCUCUGCUAUAAAAAUGGCGGAGGUGCUUUUCUCAUACCUUAUUUCAUUUUUCUGUUCGGGGGAGGUCUUCCUGUGUUUUUCCUGGAGGUGGCACUAGGACAAUAUACCUCUGAAGGAGGAAUUACAUGCUGGGAAAAGAUCUGCCCUAUUUUCACCGGAAUAGGUUAUGCUUCCAUCGUGAUUGUGUCGCUUUUGAAUGUGUAUUACAUCGUCAUCCUGGCUUGGGGACUGUACUAUCUAUUCCAGUCUUUUACCAGUGUUCUGCCUUGGUCUCUCUGUCAUCAAACAUGGAAUACAGACAACUGUAUGGAAGACACUCUCAGGCACAACAAAACACUCUGGUUGUCAAUGAAUACCACUAACUUCACUUCUCCUGUCACAGAGUUUUGGGAGCACAACGUACUGAGCUUAUCUCCAGGAAUUGAUGAGCCUGGGGUUGUUAAGUGGGACCUGGCUCUUUGUCUCCUUCUGGUCUGGGUGAUAUGUUUCUUUUGCAUUUGGAAAGGUGUGAAGUCCACCGGGAAAGUUGUGUAUAUAACAGCAACGUUCCCAUUCGUCAUGCUUUUUGUACUGUUAAUCCGUGGUGUCACUUUACCUGGAGCUGCAGAGGGCAUCAAGUUUUAUCUUUACCCUGACAUCUCUCGCCUGUCGGAUCCACAGGUCUGGAUAGACGCUGGGACACAGAUCUUCUUCUCCUAUGCAAUCUGCUUAGGUGCAAUGACCUCCUUGGGGAGCUACAAUAAAUACAAAUACAACUGCUAUAGGGACUGUUUGCUGCUGGGAUGCCUGAACAGUGGUACCAGUUUUGUGUCUGGCUUCGCAAUUUUUUCCGUCCUGGGCUUCAUGGCACAAGAGCAAGGGGUGGACAUUGCUGAUGUGGCAGAGUCAGGUCCAGGCCUGGCCUUUAUUGCCUAUCCGAAAGCUGUGUCCAUGAUGCCACUCCCAACUUUUUGGGCUAUUCUUUUUUUUAUUAUGCUUCUGUUGCUUGGCCUGGAUAGCCAGUUUGUUGAAGUUGAAGGACAGAUCACAUCUUUAGUUGAUCUGUACCCAUCCUUCCUAAGGAAGGGUUACCGACGGGAAAUCUUCAUCGCUAUAAUAUGUUUCCUCAGCUAUCUUCUAGGACUAACUAUGGUGACUGAAGGUGGCAUGUAUGUGUUUCAACUCUUUGACUACUAUGCAGCUAGUGGUGUAUGCCUUUUGUGGGUUGCAUUCUUUGAAUGCAUUGCUGUAGCCUGGGUUUACGGCGCUGACAAUUUUUACGAUGCCAUUGAAGAUAUGAUUGGUUACAGACCUGGGCCCUGGAUGAAAUGGAGCUGGAUUGUAAUCACACCGAUUCUCUGCGUGGGGUGCUUUAUCUUUUCUCUGGUCAAGUAUACACCACUGACCUACAACAAGGUGUACAUAUACCCUGAAUGGUCAAUCGGCCUGGGCUGGAUUCUCGCCCUCUCUUCUAUGAUCUGCAUCCCUUUGGUUAUGGUCAUCCGCAUUCUCCGGUCAGAUGGCUCUCUCAUUGAGGCAAUGAAGGCCGUGGCUGCCCCCCGUGAGAUCACUCGGUGGAACAAAGAAACCGAGAGCGCUGCCCCCUUCUGCCCUCCUGGAAUGGCCAACGGUGAACUGAUCAAGCCAACUCAUAUCAUCGUGGAGACCAUGAUGUGAGCUCUCUCUAUGAGAGGAAGAUGCCUGCUUUAAAACUGCCGUUUACUAACCAUAGAAUCUCUCAUAGGACCAGGUUUACAGAGCUUUAUAUUUGCACUAGGAUUUAUUUUUAUUUCUCACAGAGAAAGUUAUUUUUUGUGUGUUUGGUUUUUAUUUUUUAAUAUUUUGUAAAGUAAAUCACAGCGGAUGCCUCUUGCUCUAUUUAGAGGCAGAGCUUUCAUAUCAAACUAGGCACACUGCAGGAAUUUACGAUUUCUCCCUCUCCCCACACAAUAUAUCUAACUAACUCCUAUUCAUAAUAACACCUCACCACUUUGAGUUGAUUUUCUUGCCAGCAAUAGACACAGGCCGCAAUCCUGUGCACACUUACUUGGAAAUACGCUCCGUCAAACACAGCGAGAAUUGCUUCUGAGUAAAUAUACAUAGGAUUGCAUUGACACAUACAUAUAUAAGUAUAUGCAUAUACAAGUCUCAGAUUUCUUUAGGUGCUGGUGUGGUUGGGAACAGGGUAAAAACUUAGAAAAAGUCAAUCUCUCAUUGGAGAAAUUUGCUUUCCUUUUCUUUAAAAAAAAUCAUGUUAUUUUAAGAAACUUCCUCUGGUUGAAGUGGGGAAAGGGUACAUGCUUUUAUGUUUGCUGUGGUCCAUGUAAGAAUAUAUUUGUGUGUAUAAUUGGAAAAGCUGCAAUAUGGGUUAGGGAUUGGGAGCAGUUUGGAACCAAGGGAACAAUCCAAUCAACCACCAUCUCCGAAUACAGUUCUUGCGUGAACAGUCUGUAAGAGAGAGGCAGAAUCCUGCUUGCUUGCAAGACAUUUUGCCAGAUAGUACCCUCUCAGGGGCAGGGUGAGGGGUACUUCCUCCAUCAAAGGAAUUCUCUCCUAAGUAGAUGCUGCGUUUAAUACAGUAACAUGGAAGAGUUUAUAUGUAGACUUCUGAGAAAGUCAUGAGUUCUGAGUGCAGUUGAGUUGAUCUACUGGUAACACCAUAGAAGGGUUUCUCUGAGAAGCAGGUAUGUGCCCGGCCCUUCUUACAUUACACUGAGGCAUGAGAGUGACUUGACAGAUCACUCAAGUCAUCGAGCAGCCUAAUGUAGGAAGUGGCCCACUUUUUCGUAGGCUGUCCUCAAUAAAUGGACUGUUUUUUUGACUUGAAUUUUCUUAGAGUAUUUAGCUUAAGUCAAAGAAUGCUUAUAAAUGCUGCAUUUUACAAUGAUGCUGCAAAAGUGCUGUGCAAUUCUAAAGUUUGUUUAAAAUCACAAAUUUGCCAAAAUUUAUCGUUAUCAGGACACAAAAAGCAGUGUUGGGCUUGUAUCGUAAAAGUCAGAUAAGUUGCAUAUCAUUCGGUUCAGAGUCAGAAAAUGGCCACUAGAACCAAUGCUGGUGAAGCUUCUGCUGCAGGAAUAUUCCGAACACAUUCAGAUGAGAGAGAAAGAGAGAGAGAGAGGAAGAAAGAAAGAGAGAUGCAGAAUAUAGACUUAGUUCCUGAUCUUCACAGGCGCAAGCAGAGUCAUCAUUUUUUUAUCAUUCUAAGAUGAGGAAGCACAAGGAGAUGAAGUCAGCUACAAAAGCCUUUUCAGUUUGGAUGAGGCAUGAAACACCUGAGCAAGAUUUUCAUUGGUAAACUCAAUGUUAAGAACUUUCCCACUUUAUUCAGAGAUAAGGAUUUGCUUCUGGAAAACACCUCAAAUUUGACCAAGCCCUGUUUUUUUAAUUAUCCUCCACAUUCAGUGUUGGAUAAAGCCACUAGCCCCUUCCAUAUGGGCAUUGAUCUUUGGGGGCUAGCCCCUUUGAAGUUAUUAUUGGCAGUAAAUAUAAUAUGGGCAGGAUUAUAAGCCAGAAAUGGCAGCAAAGCUUUUACCUAUGUGUUUAUAUAGCCAGUUUAGUCUGUCAGUGACAGAUACUGUAGUUUAACCUGGAACCUAGCCAGUAUUUAAAAACAUUCCUAAAUGCAUAAAAAAACACACCUUAAACUACGUGCAACCUAUGCUCUCAUUGGCCACUGCAUAUUGGUUAUGCUUAUGCUUGCUCUAAGUCAUGUUAGUUUUUAUAUAAAAUUGAAAGAACAACUUUAAAUAAAAAAGGACCAAAGCGCAACUAUUUCAAGUGUUUUGUAUAGCUAAUUUUUUUUUUUUUGUAGCUGGAGUCUGUGAUUUGUUUUUGUGAAGGAACUGAGCUUUCAGUAAACACAAGUGGCUAAGGUCAGGGUGCUUUCAUUUUCCUAUCACCAUCCUAUCAUGAGAGCUGUAAAUCAAACACUUCCAGAAUAUAUGAUGACCAAAUGGGAUCAUCAUCAAAUCCUGCCCCUUUGGAAAUGGUUACCUUCUGGUUGAAUAAUGGCCAAUGAAAAGAUUAAUCAGGGAAAUGUAAGAAAGCCAAGGGAAAGCUACUAUUUCCCCUAAAUUCUGUGAGGACUAGAAGGCAUCUCUAGCCCAAAGUCCAUUGCUAACUAAUUUAACUCAGUGAAGCACAGGUCAGACUUUCAGUCAUUCAUAUACUGAAAGGCGAUGAGAAGUUAGGUCAGAGACUGCUUAGCUGUUAAUCCCCUUGACUUUUCCUGGUGCAUAUUGCACAAAAGUUGGUGCAAUAGUUUGAUAAACAAUUCAAGAAACGAGUUCAGGUUUUCAAGAGCAGCUGCUGAGCCAGGUGAAGACACCAACUGAGGGGGACAUAUUGGGGGAGGAUGACUUUCCAGAACAUACCAAAAGGAAUUAGUCCUGCACCGUUAAGAGUUCCAGCUAAGGCAUAACAGUACCCAGCCCAUUUUGAGGUUAAGCUGUGCCAUUUUAAUCAGUUACUUCCAUGCUGAGGUGAAAGAGGUUGUGUUUUUUUUUUUUUAAAAAAAGAUAUGUAACAGAGUGACCUUAAAACAGGGGUGGAUAACUUGUAGAGCGAAACAUCUGGAAGACCACUCCCAUGAUCCCUCACUGUUGGCUAUGUUGGCCAGGGCUUAUGGGAGUUGAAGGCCAAAACAUCCGGAGCACCACAAUUUGUCCAUGCCUGCCUUAAAAGGUACUCUGGCUGGUUAGUUUAACAAAAAAGUAAAGCCUAGAUCACAUUGUCAUUUCACACAACAAGACUCGGUCCAUCAUCCCUAGGUUUUCUCUUGCAAGGAGCACAUGCUCGCAUCACAGAACUUCUGAUUAAUGGAAUGUGGUAAAUCUGAAUGUCGACAGUAGAUUCUGCCAAAUGAAAGGGCAAUGGGUGGGGGUGGGA